GGGGAUGCGAAGAAGUGGCCCGGAAACGAGGAGCCGCUAGUCCCAAAGAAAAGCGACACAUGCGGUUUUUGCGGCCCGCUCACGAUCGCCAAUUGAGCCGCACCAACGACGUCCGCUGCUCCGGGGAAUAGCGAAGCUUGCCUUGCCUGCCCAGUGUCUGGAGGUCACCCGCCGGCCGUCGAAGGCAUUGCAUUGUUUGCAAUCAGUCAAAAGGCUAUUUCUUGAUCCGAGCCGUACCGGAUCCUUAAGGACAGCCAUGGCAUCCACAACAACCUCCAUCCCCCGGUUCCUCCUCCCGCAAUCCGGCCUGCUCUGGCGCCGGGCGGGCCCCUCUUUCUCCGGCUCCGCAUCUGCCUCCCGCCGGCUCUUCCUUCGGCUAGCCAGCAGCAGCAGCAGCAGCAGCAGCAGCAGCAGUAGCACACCAAGUAACCCUUCUGGCCCACGAGUACUGGCCAAACCCGAACGCUUCAACCCCCCCUCCCAUGGCUCCCGCCUACCCAAGAAGACCCCGCCGCGGCACUACGGGGGCGACCUCAGCUUCGAAGAAGCCGCCGCCCAAGCGCAGCGCGAAUAUCCGGGGUUGCCGCCGCCACCAAACACCCGCGCAUACUGGUUCAUUCACAACCGGUGGAUCCACGUCUUCAUCACCGUGGGCACGCUGUCCGGCCUGGCCAUCUUCACCUUCGCCAUGAACUUCAAGCACACCUCGCCCUUCGCCGACAUGCUGCCCCCGGCGUCCGACUACCUCUACCACCCGAUCAGCUCGGUGCGGAUACUGAUCGAGGUGCUGCGGCUGCACGAGGCGCACAAGACGGCAAAAAUCAACGAGAAGCGCAAGCGCAACGUCGAGGACGUAGCCAAGCGGGCGGCGUACCGCAAGGCGCACGGCUUGCCGGACGAGAUGGGGCUGUUCAACCAGCCCAUGGCGAGGAUCAAGACGGAUGAGGAGAUGGCUGCGGAGCGAGGUCAGGCUGGGGAGGGCGCGCCACAGCAGGUAGGAGGGGAACAGCAACUGGAGGAGAGCGGGCUGGCUGCUGCUGCGGUUGAGACACAAAAGAGCGCGCCUGAAGUGAGGAGGCUCACGGAGGAGGAACGGCAAGCGGUAGUGAAGGAGGCAAAGCAGAAGUGGCUGGGUAUCUUUUGAUUACUCCGGCGUUGUAUACAUCCAUGGGAUGGACAGUCCCUGUAUACUACAUGGCCGGGACAUAUGGUUU